AUGCACUCUAAAAACCACUUCGCCACUUGCUUCAAAUACCGCGCGAAUGUCCGGACCGGAAACUCUUGUCGAUUUGGCAUGCCUCGAGAACUAGUGCCAUUUUCUAAAAUUGACGACGUUGUUGCCUCCGUUCAAACCACGACAUUUCAUGGAUUUUCGAAAUCCCUGGCUCUAACCUACUACAUCACCAACUACGCGACGAAAGACGAUGUAUCUCCGUGGCAGAUGGUAGCAAAGGCAGCCUUGUUGCGUCAAGCCAUCGAUAAAGGCCGCAUUGCUGAUCCGCCAACCGCAACUGAUCUUCGUCUCAGAGAAAGAGGAAUGGAUAACUUCGGGCUCCGUUGCUUCAAUAGCCUCGCCCACGACCGCGAAGUUAGCGGUGUUCAAGUCGCCAGCACUCUCCUCCAUCUUCCGAGUUACUAUAUUCUAAACUCUAAAUUCAUCCGCGUCAACCUUUGGUGGUUACGACGAUAUGUGCGCGCCUUUCAACCUCCAGAAGCGGCCACUGCAUUUCACCCGCAUGAUACUGUGCCAGAUGAGCCUUGCACAUUCCGCACAGGGGACACAGUGUCCGUGAGCAUGUUCAAUAAUUAUAAGUGGCGGGGCGUCCGUCUUGCCUCAUUCUCAUUCUUCGAGUACUGCAUGCUCGUCCAGAUAAGGAGCAAACAAGGUACUCUUCCAGAUAACUUUGAGUUUGAUCCUUCCCAUCCUAAAUGCAGCACUUCCGUGGAGCGCGUCGCGCGUUCAAAAUCCCAAAUAGCGACAGUCAUAUUCAAUGGCCAGCUUACUCAAUUUCAGACUGCGGAAGACUCCGUUCCUGGCGGUUACCCGACAACCGACGCUAUAUUGAAUGAUCUCUCCGAGAUCUUCCUCGGUCUUUUCGUCCCUUGGGAGAAAUUGCCUGAUCUCUUCCGUCGACAUGCUGCUCUGUCAAAUAUUUACUCUCAUGUCUGGGCCUUGGUCAAGCCGACACUUGCUCCACAUAACCAAGAAUUCGCUGCAAACAUUGAGCUUUUUCGGAAGUCCAAGGAGGACUGCCAGGUUGAUGCUAUAUUGCGCCAGUCUGAACACCGACAUGCAGAAGUUUUGGACCGCUAUGUUGAUCAGCUAGAUCAGGCUGAUCUGGGAUCGGAUAAUCUGGAACCGCGAUUGUUUCGUCGCUUCAAAGCGCACACCGAUAUGGCCGAUUUCCGCCGAGCGCCCAUUUCUGCGCAAAUGGACCUGGUACCUAAGGGCUCGUCUGUGCGACUGCAUGACUUUGACCUGGAUGGUGAAGAUGGCGUGCUCCAACCUGUACUGACCGAUAACGUCAUAUCAAAUGGAACACCAACACUACUUGCUCAACUCGGGAACAAUCCAACUCCCGAGUCUCUGAUUGCAAAGGUCACUGAAAAUAUCCCGCUGAAUUCGAAGCAACACCUUGUGGUACGCAGGUUACUAUCUGACGUUCUAUCGUGGGCUGAUUAUCCAUAUGAUUCAUCUCGGCGCGAUCAACUCCUUCUCUGCAUAACGGGUGAGGGUGGUACAGGUAAAACCCAGAUACCUAAAGCCAUUGAAGCUGCUCUAGAUGUUCUUGGUCGAAAACAUGAGCUCAUGCUCACGGCCCCAACGGGUGCUGCCGCAGACAACUUAGGCGUCACCGCCCGCGUCAGAAAACUAUGGGCACGAAAGACAAUCUUGGUGAUUGACGAAAUGAGCAUGAUCGAUCUGAAAAUGUUAAGUGUCAUCAAUGACCAAUGCAAAGCCGCUCGAUCACUCCCCCGAUCGUCUCCCGACCUUUUCGGUGGCCUUCCGGUCGUGAUUCUCAUAGGUGAUUUCUUUCAGUUUCCUCCGGUUCGUGGUCCACCAUUGUGGAAGAAUCCAAGAUAUGGCAACGACGAAGAUGCCGCCGGUCGACUGAUCUGGCACCGAUUUCAAAACGUCAUCAUUCUAGACGAGCAGAUGAGGCAGUUAGAGAAUCCUUCAUUUUGCGACUUCCUGGCCCGCACAAGACGUGCAGCUUUGACCGAAGACGACGCAAUCCGCCUUAAUUCCAGGGUCAUCCACUCACUUACAGAUCCUGUUUCGGAGGAUGCCACUGUCGUAGUCGAAUUAAACGCCCUUCGGCAUCCAGUCAAUCGCAUUCGUAUCGAGGAUUUUGCUCGAAAGAGGUCUCAAAGAAUUUACCUAUUCGCUGCUAUUCACUCGAGAACCAAGUCGACUGGUCCCACGAAUCUUCGACUGCAAGCCCAUGACUUGCUGCUCCCAAGAUCAAGAGAUGGUGAAGGAAAGAUGCCCGAGAUGUGGCGAAACUAG